UAUACUCAAAAUACCAACUUUAAAAAGAGUUAAAAACAACACAAAUAUUAUUGUUUUGGCAGAGUUAAGUGCUAUUUUAACAUAGGGGUGCCGGAACAUAGGGGUGUUUGGGUUGUCGGAAUAAUUUUUUGUAGGGGGUGUCUGAACAUAGGGGUGUCGGAAUAUAGAGCAGUUACCCACACCAUCUAAUGUACAUUUUUAUUCAUUUUAUUAAUUUAUAUGUGACAGCAUCCAUUGUGUCAAUUUCAACACCCCAGUUCUUGUAGUGUAGUAAUCCAACUGAAGGUUCAAAGAAAACGAUUCCGAAACAAGAAUUAAGACGAUGAUAUCAAUUACAACAACCAUCAUAAAUUCAUAAAAAUUAUAAGUCACACACCGUUAAUAACUUCAUAGGGAAGUGUUGUGUUGCAUUUGUUUUAAUUGUACAAACAAGUGGCUUUAAACAUGUACUUAUUGCUCGUUAACACCAUCGUCGUCGUGAUUGCCAUGGAGUUUACACAGGGUCAACAGUCAUUUGAGCUUCUACCUCACUCCACUGUACUUGCUGGUUCCAAUGUGACUCUUGUCUGCACGGUGCAAAAUUUCCAUAACAACAUAACUAACAUCUCUUUAUAUUGGAGUAGGCCUAAUUACCCUGUAAACACUACUAAGCCAAUUGUUAGCUGUGGUCCUAAUGAGACACUAGAGAUAGCAGGUACAAUGGUCUGCAACUUGACUCUAGAGUCAGUUGAAGAGUCUUCGGGCGGAGAGUAUACUUGUGAUGGAGUUGUUGGUGGCGUCCAUUUCACGAGCAGUAAAGAGUUGCAUGUAGUCCCAUAUCCUACUGUUGAGCUGCAAGACCCAUGCAAUGUCUGGCACCAAGUUGAUAACAUUGAACCUGGACCCAUCUGCAUACGAACUACAAGAAGCAACCUCUUAUUCAACUGCAAUGUUUACAACAUCACAGAUGGUGCCUCAACUAUCACAUGGACAAUCAAUGGGGAUGAGGUUAUUGGGGACGAGGUUUAUGUGACGUCAGCUGUGACCCCGGGGAACGGUCAAGAUGGAUUGAUUGACACGCGCAGUAGCCUGGAUGUAGCGCGCUGGGCGGAUGAAUAUCAAGAUGAAGUGAUUAACGUCACGUGUCAUUUCAGUGGUUAUAUGAACAUUGAGCCAUUGGAAGUCACCGCUCAAGUCAAGAUCUAUUACGGUAUGAAGUAG